UUUUCUUCCUCUUCUCCACUCCUCUAUCCCCGUCCUCCCUGCCGCUAAACCCCCAUACAGAAUUCGCAGAGCUCCCCUGACAAUCUAAAUUCCUCUUCUCCGGUCGGCGACGCCCUCGAUAAUUCCGGCUUAAUUCCUCGAUUUUUUCGUUAUUUUUCUUUUAUUAUUGCGCAACCCUUUGCCAUCCUCAUUUUCACUUCGAUUCCGCAAACUCUCAAUGCACACCGAACCUCCAAAACCUGUUGUUUCUUCAAGGGGAAAGUAGGCCGGUGGACACGCGCUUAUCAUCUCAAAGUUGCACCUCCACCAAUACCACCUCAACCCUCACAAGGGGCCAGCGUCAAAGAGUUCUUCCAAUUCCUCGCGGUGUCAAUAUGGUAGUCUGGAGUCUAGAUAAUCGAUUUGUCCUUUCUGCUAUAAGGGUAAGAGGUAGCAGUGUUUGGGUGCUUAAUCCUAGAUGUUGGCUUCUUAACAUAUUUGCCAUUAUGCUGGUGCCAUUGUGCUUUUUAAUUAGAUUUCGAGGUGCAUAAAUUUGGCCAAAUAAUAUAUUACCACAAUGCAGAUUGCAGAAUGUGUAUCGAAUGCUACUGAUGGUAGCUUAGUUCAAUCUUUGACUGGUCAUACUGAAUCUGUAAGUCAUUUUUAUUUCUGAUUUGUGAAUCUUUUCUUGAAUCUUGUUAUUUUCGGCUUGCAUUUAGGAAGACUGGGAUUCAUCUAUCAUAUAACCAUAUGCCUUGGCUGAUAAAAAAAUUACCACAUGCCUAAUUACAGUGGAUGCUGAUCAUUAAUCACUGUCAUGAUUGACAGUUUAGUAUUAGAUGGAGCUUUGGUUUGGACUGAAAUUCUUUAUCAUAUUUUUCUUCUCUAUUUAGCCGAGAGAUUACAGUUAGUUCCAAGUCUGUUGCUGCAUUUGUUUAUAGUCUAAGUCUAUCCAUAGAGAAAUAAAUGAGAUUAAUACAUGUCAAUACCAGUUCUAAUCUUUCACUAGUGAUUGCAUUCAUACAUUCAAUUCAAGUGAGUUACUCUUUUCAAGAUAUUUAUAUUGAUUGCCCUUCUCCCAACUUCGUCGAAUUCAUGGAAUUUAUGAUUUCAGAAUUUAGGUUUCUAGUAACUAUUAAAUUCUGCACCAAGCAACAAGCCCAUUUUGUAUCUAAUAUUUUUUUUGAAGUCUCCAGCACCUUUACCAUUAUGGUUUGUUGCUUUUAUCAGAAUCUGUUUACUAGCUUUUGUUUUGCUUUUGUUGCUAUGCAGCCAGUUUUUUGGUUGCUUAUGUUACUUUUUUCUGAAAGAGUUUCUGUUUGUAAGCAGUAUCUAAAAGUGUUAAUAUAUUAACUGAUUUUAA